AUGUCUGACCCUUGGGGUACCACCACUGACGCCUGGGGCACUGGCAAUGCUACCGCUGGCAACGACAUUCCCGCCGACGAUCCCUGGAACAACCCUAAGGGUGGCGAUGGUGGUGACGGCGGUGAUGGAGGCGACCGUGCCUGCUUCAACUGCGGCCAGACUGGUCACAACAAGGCCGAUUGCACCGAGCCUCGCAAGGCUUUCGAUGGCACUUGUCGCACUUGUGGAGAGGACGGCCACAUGCGCAAGGACUGCCCCCAGAAGCCUCCUAGUGUUUGCCGCAACUGUCUCGAGGAGGGUCACGAGACCGUCGAGUGCAAGAACCCUCGCAAGCUCGACCUAACCAUGGUUGCUGAUAUUGAUGCUGAUAAGGCCUGGGAUGAAAUCCACGAGGCUAUCCAGGAGCGCGACGGCAUUGAUGCCAAGGAGGCCAUCCAGAAGUAUCUCAAGCACUUCCCCGAGAUGACCUACAUUGAGCUGGAAAAGGCUUUCCGCAGCCAGGAGAUGAACAUCUACCUCAUCGCCACUGAACGUGUCUUGGCUCCUACUCACACCAACAUGGAUCUCCAGGGCAACCUGGAUAAGAAGUACACUGUCCAAUACCGCUUCUCUGCGCAGCCUGACCGCCAGCGCGAGAAGACUAAUUGGCCUGCUUCGCCCGAGGAGAACAUGACUCGCCUCGAGGAUGCUGGAGAGCCCGUCUCCCGCCUUAUGCAGAAGUGCAGCAAUUGCGAGGAGCUUGGCCACAGCUACAAGGCGUGCCCUCAGGAGGCCAUGGAGAAGGCCCGCGUGACUAUCGCCUGCUACAACUGCGGUGAAGAGGGUCAUCGUGUCCGUGAUUGCCCUACGCCUCGCAUUGACAAGUUCGCUUGCAAGAACUGCGGCCAGUCUGGCCACAAGGUCUCCGAGUGCCCCGAGCCUCGCAAGGCCGGCGAUGACGUCGAGUGCAACAAGUGCCACGAGAUGGGCCACUUCUCUCGCGAUUGCCCCCAGGGUGGCGGCGGCGGUCGUGUUUGCCACAACUGCGGCCAAGAGGGCCACAUCUCCAAGGAGUGCCCUGAGCCCCGCAAGAUGAAGUGUCGCAACUGCGACGAGGAGGGACAUCUCUCCAAGGAUUGCGAGAAGCCCGUUGACAUCACUCGCAUCAAGUGCAACAGCUGUGGCGAGAUGGGUCACAAGAGCUACAAGUGCCCCAACCCUCCCAAGGAAGACACUGAUGACUUUGGUGCCUCCAACAACGCGCCUAGCAACGCCUUCGAGAACACCGACACUGGUGAUGCUUGGGGUGGCGGUGGUGGUUCUACCCAGGACACCGGCAAUAGUGGCUGGUAG